AUUUUUAUUUUGGGCUUAGGAGCGCAAGUCAUUUGAUGAAAAGUUUAUUCGAAUGGACACAGAAAGUCUCUGUGAGUUGACAUCAGCUGCUUACAGCCUUCAGUUGAAGCCUUUAGUUGGUCUCACUAUUCGUGCACUGGCACGAAUUGUUGAAGGGAAAACUCCUGAGGAGAUACGUGAGAUAUUUCAUUUGCCUGAUGAUCUUACUGAGGUGUCAGGUCCCGGGGGCACUGCUCUUCAGUAAUUCUCUUCUUUUUGCAUGUUAAAGAGAGAAAAAAAUAAAAAAUAAACAAACAGACCAACCUGAAUCUCAGGCUGAUUGUAUUUCUUAUAAGUAAUUAUGAAUAGAGGGUUGGAUUCCCUUAAUAUUAAAGUCUUAAUCUUUUA